AAGGCGAUUGCGACGGUGGCAUAUGUGGUUACUUUACACGAUGGAAUAUACCAUACUGGUUUUGCGGCAGGAAAGUCAAAGAUAGCCCCAGUUAGAGGACACACUAUACCUAGACUUGAGCUGUGCGCAGCCGUCAUGGCAGUUGAACUUGCUGAAUUUCUUUGCGAAUCUCUCCAUAUAUCUCUACAAUCUGUGAGGUACUACAGUGACAGUAAGGUCGUUUUAGGGUAUGUUAAUAACAAGACACGCAGGUUCUACACAUAUGUUGCUAAUCGCGUGGAAAGGAUUUUGCGCAGCUGUCGAGCAGAUCAGUGGUCAUACGUCAAUACUAGAGAAAAUCCGGCUGAUCUUGCUACUCGUUCUUCCACCAAGCCAGAGGAUUUUGCAAACAGCAACUGGCUGCGAGGUCCUGAACAACUCUAUAAAAACUCUGCUAUAACACCAAGGGAGUUUCCAUUAGUAGAGCCAGAUGAUGACAAGGAGCUGCGACCGGAAGUCACAGUAGCUUCCCGUAAAACUGUUUUAGAAGAAAGCUUCAUUGACCGCUUACAAGAUUUGUCUAACUGGCGCAAACUAGUGAAUGUCAUAGUCCUGAUUAAGAGAGCUGCUCGUCGCUUCAAGGGAAAACUUACCCCGGACUCUCCGACUGAGAGCACAACACAUCUAAUCAAGGAAUCUACUGCUGUUAUCAUUAGACUUAUUCAAGAGCAUGCUUACCAUGAAGAAGUUUUGUGUCUAAGGGAAGGAAAACAUGUGCCCAUGUCAAGUCACAUCAGGAAUUUGGACCCUUAUCUGGAUGGUUCUGGUGUCUUGCGUGUAGGGGGACGUCUAGGAAAGAGCGAUCUUCCUAUCGAGGAAACUAAUCCCAUAGUUUUACCUAGUAAACAUUGUCUGACAAAGUUUUUAGUCCAGCAUCAUCAUAAAGCAGUAUAUCAUCAAGGACGGCUUAUCACGGAAGGUUCAUUAAGAAACAAUGGUUACUGGAUAGUAGGUGCUAAAAGGUUGAUCACCAGUAUCAUUAGUAGCUGUGUUACGUGCCGGAAACUUCGAAGGCCCCUGGAACAUCAAAAGAUGUCUGAUCUCCCUAAGGAUCGACUUGUUCCAGGGCCCCCGUUCACCUCCGUAGGUGUUGAUGCCUUCGGACCUUGGUCCGUAGUCACUAGGAAGACGCGAGGUGGAUCAGCAAACUCGAAGCGGUGGGGAAUGCUGUUCACGUGUCUGACGACACGUGCCAUACACGUGGAGGUAACAGAAGAAAUGUCUAGCUCAUCAUUCAUCAACGCUCUGCGACGGUUUGUUGCUAUCAGAGGCAACGUGAAAGAAAUACGUUCAGACUGUGGAACAAACUUUGUUGGAGCUGUGAACGAGUUACACAUUGACAGCGUUAAUGUUGGAGAUGGACCUACUGCCUCUUAUCUCAAUGAUUCUGGCAUCGUGUGGAAAUUCAACGCUCCACAUUCCUCCCACAUGGGUGGAGUGUGGGAGCGAAUGAUUGGGGUAGUUAGGAGAAUACUUGAUUCUAUGUUAAUGGGUGCUGCAGGCAAAAGUCUAACGCAUGAGAUUUUGGUGACAUUCAUGGCUGAGGUGUGCGCCAUUGUCAACUCUCGACCAGUUGCCUCCAUUUCGCAUGAUCCAAAAUCCCCGGAAAUCUUAAGCCCAGCUGUUCUUCUGAAUCAGAAAGUGAAUUACUAUGACCCAGUUACAGCAUUGAAUUUCUCCGAAAGAGACAUCUAUAAGGGUCAUUGGCGCAGAGUCCAGGCCCUCUCUGAAAUGUUCUGGAAGAAAUGGCGCGAAGGUUACCUUCAAACCCUACAGCCACGUAGGAAGUGGCAGGAUGAUCAACGAGACCUCAAGGAAGGAGAUAUUGUGCUUCUCAGAGAUAAAUCACUACCGCGCAACGAUUGGGCGUUAGGAAUCAUUCAAACUGUGUUUAAAAGUGAAUGUGACAAUAGGGUUCGCAAAGCUGAAGUUCGCGUCGCAAAGGACAACAGAGUGACUGUGUUAACGCGUCCGAUAACAGAAAUGGUUCUUCUUCUUGAAAAGUAGACUAUGGACUCUGUAAAUGAAGAACUGUGUAUUCUGGUUGUUUAACAUUUAUAAUUUGUAGUAGAAAAUAGUGAUAUUACUAAUAUCAGACGGGGAGUGUGCUGGACCAGCAGUAGGAAUUACCUCCCUUGGUAUAGCCUACGUCAGUACGUGAUAUUUAGUAGUUGUUUGUCAUGAGUUAUCCCCCGUAGUGUCGCUCUUUUUAUUGCAGAAGAACGCCAGAAAUUAUAAACACGUUUUACAGCGUUACAAGACCGCAGUGCAUUUAGCACAUGUGCAAGCCUAUUUUUUGAAAUGCCUUAAAUCAGAAGUCAGGCUAGGUGUCACCACAGCGUAAGUUUAUAUAUGCAUGUACAAGUAUAGAUCUAUUAUAGUGUGCAGUACAGUACCUAUAUAUUGUAAUGAUUCAAUCUAUAAUUGUUAAUCAGAUGUGUGAAUAGUUAAAUACUAAAUUGUUAUAGUGUUUAUAAUACUAUCUAUUAGAAUGUUGUCUAUGAGUUCAGUUCUCAGACAUGAUAAUAUGACCAUUAACGAUGAGGCUAAUUGAUAUCAGAGUUAAUAUGUCAAUAGUUAUAGUAACAACAAAGUCUUUGAUUGUACAAUGUACCUUUAAUUUUCAAGUAAUUAUAUUGUUGAUUUGUCAAUAUUAUGAUACUAGUAUUCAGUAUUCUAGUCAACAAUGUUAGCUAUAUAGGAAAAACAGUAUGUUUAGUAUGAAAUAGAAUAUUUGUCACUAUGUUAGGACUCAUAAGAGUAUUUUGUUUCACAUUUCAGUUCUUACGGUGUUAACUAUGGUUUUAACUAUGGUGUUAUGUUGAAUAAACAAGUUUGACGUC